AUGGCUGUGGAGUGCCGAAACUUGCUCGUAAGAUGUCACGGCGGCACGGCGGCGCUUGUUGGCGUGCGGCUGAAAGCGAGGCUUCUGUGCAAGGACAGAGCGGAGACCACCCACGAGGUCGACGUGUUAGAUGCCGUGGAGGAUGCAGUUAAGAAGCAUGACCGAAUCAGCGUGGACGAGCGAAGCUCUCAAGUAGAAGAGGCUCGGGCGGGGGUUGCUAAGGAGAUGAGCACAUGCCGUGGCAGGUUUUGGAAGCGCUUAGUACGGCAACGCUGUCGUGUUUGCUGGACUGUGAUUCGCAGUAAAGGGGGUCAAGUUAUUACGAAUGUCGGCUUGCGGCGUUUGGAUGCGGAUAAAGAAAGGAAAGGUGCGGCAGUGACGGAGCAGCAAGUGGACCCAAGGUGGACUUUGCACGGCACGAACAGAGGCGGUUGGUGGAACAGCUUUUAG